UUUUCCCAGGACCAGUUUGAGCCGCUCAGAGCUGUACUGGUUCCCAGUGGUGGAUGUUCAUCAGCUGGUGUCCUUCUCCCUGCAGUGUGUCUGCUGAGCCUGCUGCCUGAGGCGGCGUUGGCCCGCUGGGCCUGCGUCCGCGCCUGCCCGCCAUCUUGCACCUGCACCCAGGAGAGGAGCUGCAGCGUCCUGUGCGACCGCGCCGGCCUGGCCCAGCUGCCUAAAGAGUUCCCCUGCGAGGCGGCGGCCAUCAACCUGGAGAAGAACCGGCUCCGCUUCCUGUCGGAGCGGGCCUUCGGUACCCUGCCCUCCCUGAAGUCUCUGUCUCUGGACCACAACAACAUCUCUUUCAUCACGCCAGGAGCGUUCAAGGGCCUAUCCAACCUGCUGGAGCUGAAGAUGGCCCACAAUGAGUACAUCAGCUACCUCCACACACGGACCUUCACCGGGCUGAAGAAGCUGCAGAGGCUGGACCUGUCCGACCUCAACCUCUUCAGCAUCCCAGACCGCAUCUUCAUCGAGCAGAGCUCCCUGAAGGAGCUGCUCUGCUUCCAGAACAACUUCAGGAGGAUCCCAGGAGCCAUCAGGGGCAUGGAGAACCUGACGCACCUCUACCUGGAGAGGAACAAGAUCGAGGCUGUGGCCUACAACUCCCUGCUGGACCUGGGGAGCCUCCGGUGAGCCGCCCCGCCUGGAGACCAGAGGGUCACUGCAGCGUGGCCUGCUGGCAUCCAACUGCAUCCAACCCGCAUCCAACCAUGCAUCCAACCCGCAUCCAACCUGCAUCC